AUGCAAGCAGUACUAACAACAUUGAAAAAGAAAUUGAACUAUAGUCUGGAAAUCGAACUGGAGAAUCGCGUGGCUGCGAAUGAACAUCAGUACAAUCUGCUAGAAACUCUGUUCAAGACAUACAGGAAAGAAAUUCGACCAGUUAAAAAUCUUACUACAGUUACACACGUGGAGUUUAAAUUCUUUGUUAACCUCGUUCUCGAUAUGGAUGAGAAACAUCAGAAACUGACAAGUAAUACGUGGAUAACACUAACAUGGAUAGAUGAGUACAUGGUAUGGAGUCCUACUAAAUACGGUGGAAUUGACAACAUCAAGCUACAAGCAGACAACCUGUGGCUCCCCGAUGUUUAUUUCUACCAAAAUGCUGCGAAUAAGUAUGAAAACUUCCUGGAGAAUGCCAUAUGUGUAAUAUAUUAUACUGGUGAGAUCAUCUGGUCCGCACCUGUCAUAUUCAGCGGCCAUUGCCGGAUAGACACUAGGUACUUCCCGUUUGAUAGACAACAAUGUGUUAUGAAGUUUGGAACUUGGCAACACGACGGCACGGAAGUAGCUCUUAACGGAUCAGGAGACACAUCUGCGUUCGUAACGAACGGUGAAUGGGAUCUUCACGGUCUCCAUGCAGAAAACAACGUAGAAUAUUACCCAGAUACGCCGGGUAUCCCGUACACCGAUGUGACAUUCACAAUAGAUUUUCAGAGGCGUAGUCUAUUUUAUGUGUUCAAUCUUCUAAUGCCGUGUACGCUGAUAUCACUAAUGACUGUCUUGACAUUCUUUCUACCUGCCGAGUCACAGGGUAAAAUCAGCCUGGGCGUCACUGUAUUGUUGUCGCUAACAGUUUUCCUUCUUCUGGUCGCCGAAGUAAUGCCAGCGGCAGACGAAGUGCCGAUCAUAGGGCAAUACUAUGCAUCGACAAUGAUACUCAUAUCUAUAUCACUGGGUAUGAAUGUGCUGGUUGUAAAUAUUUACUACAGAGGCCCAGACAGAGACAGUGGUCCCGUACCUAAGUGGGCAAAUAAGUUUAUCACAGGAUACUUGGCAUGGAUACUCAACGUCAAUGUCAAAGAUGAAUGCAAAACUGACAGAUCAUCGCCCGAAUCUGUGCCCUUAAUAGAGGUUAACUGUAACUCUCAUCAUGGAGGUACUUCGACGGUUAAUGUAUUGGAUCCACGCGACAGAUUAUUAGACGGUUCGCCGCUACCGUCGCUACGACGGGCCUACCACAUGCACGCGGACGGCGGCUACCCUUCGAUUAACGACUGUGGUAUGAACAAAGACGACAAGGAGCAGGUGAUACUUCUAAGGAUGGUACUUAGGGAGCUCCGAGUCAUGACAGCCGUGCAUGAUCGCCAAAAGAUUAUAGAGAGGGCUAAAACCGAAUGGAAGCGAAUGGCAAGAGUGAUGGACCGACUGUGUCUCCUUAUUUACGUCAUUGGGACUGUGAGUACUGUAUUAGUCAGCGUUUGCCAGAUACCGUGGUAA